AUGCUCGACUCCUCGCCCCGAUCAAAGACCCAGGAGCCUACGCUUCCUCUGGCCGGCACCAAACGUCCUGCCCCGAGCCUUCUCCCGGCGUUCGAACCUCUCUCUUCGUCCCCGGGCUUCCCUAGACCCUCCAAACGACAAGCUCGUCCCGGUUCUGUGGGAGCAAGCAACGCGUACCUGAAAUAUCCCACCCCGAUCCCGACCUCGAGCACCGGCAUCCUAUCCUCCUCUCCGCCCCGCGUACACUCAAGACCUGGUGGUCUGUCUCGAGCACUCUCUACCGCCUCCGAGCGCACUCCCCUCAGUGCUGUCAGCUCCAUCGAACUGAACGAGAAUGGCGAAACUCUCCUCAUGGGCCGCUCUAGCAACUCGUCCCAUUACCAGCUGUCCGCAAACCGCCUCGUGUCCCGCAUCCACGUCAAGGCCCGCUACGUGCCUGCUCCCUCCGCUCUGGAGCCCAACAAGAUUGAAAUCAUCUGCAAUGGCUGGAACGGGUUGAAGCUUCACUGCCAGGGCCGUACGUGGGAGCUCCUCAAGGGCGAUUCCUUCACGUCCGAAACAGAAGGGACCGAAAUCAUGAUUGACGUUCAGGACGCCCGUGUCAUGAUCCAAUGGCCGAAGCGGGACCGUCGCGACCGCCUCGCCAGCCCCGAUGAUUCUGCUUGGGGUGACUCGCCUCCUCGGUCCGCUGCCCGCGUUGCCGCCGACCUUUUGCAGUCGAGCCCUUUGCGCCGGCCCUCGCGCAUCGAGUCCCCAGACUCACCAACGGCGCAUCUCAGCAGCUCGCAGCGACUCCAGGCUCUUUUGCCCAGGGAAGAUGGGGAAGUGCAAAUCUACGAGGACUCGAGUGCAGACGAGCCCGAGCUUCCCAAGCUGGUUGACUCGGGCACCAUCAUUGGUCAGAGCUUCGCUACCGAGGCCACCAACUCCUUCUCGUCCGAACUCAGUGAGCCGGAAGACGAGAACGUGAACGACCCUGACGAGGAGAAUGACCCGAUUGUUCACUCGUUUGGACCCUUUGGGGCAGAUAUCUCCAACCGCUUGGCCUCCAUCACUACUGCGUCUCCCAAGUUCCCUCCUUUCAAGCGAACGGGCCUGCCCACGGUCCGCGACGAAUCAAGGCCCUCUAGUCCCAUCUCCGCGCCGCCAAAGUCGCCAGAGGACGCUGAAGAAGGCGAGGUGCUAGAAGACGAGGAGGAAGUCAAGGAAGCGGAGCCCCCCUACGAGAAUCCUACCGUCCGCAACCAUGUCGUCAACCAGCUGGCCUUUUCGCGCCUGUCGUCCAACCCCCUGUCGACCAUCAUGAACAACCUGCCGUCGGAAGAGCGCAAGGGGUUGACAAAGGACCAGCUCCGAAGUCUGAUCGAGGCAACGGCAUGCAUUGGUAUUAUUCAACGCCAGGGCAAGGACGCUGCUGGCAAGCAGCUCGAGAGCGAGUACUACUACGUCCCCGAGUUCGACGACGACGACCAGCGCCGCCUUGCCGUGACGGAUGGUCUGCGCAAGCCCAGCCUGCGCGCGUGUCGCAAGCAGCACAAGCAAUACUACUGGAAGCGCCCACGUACACCUUGA